AUGUCAAUAGUCAAAUUAAGUCCAAUUCAUACCACAGUAAAAUAUAAAUUAUUAACACAGUCAAAGGCUCACACCAUGGAGUUAGUCGAUAUAGGGUCAGCUCUCGAAACGGUCAUAAAACAUGUCGGAGAAAUUGGUCUAUAUCAACGACUGCUGUUCCUUGUAAUGAUGCCCUUUGGUAUGGUGUGGUCCUUCGUGUACUUCGGGCAGAUGUUUAUAACCGCAACUCCUCAGGAACAUUGGUGUCGUGUGCCGGAGUUAGACGGCCUUAGUGCAGAUUUGAGGAGAUCUCUGUCUAUUCCCAAAAUAUCGGACACGGAAUACGACCAAUGUUUUAUGUUUGAUGCUAAUUGGACGCAGGUCUUGGAAACGAUGUUAGCUCCAGAUGCAGACACACCAACCAUUCCAUGUUCGGAUGGUUGGGAGUUCUUGUUUGAAGAUAUACCAUAUUCAACCAUUGUUAAUGAGCGUGAAUGGGUUUGUGAUAAAUCGAGCCUAGUGCCUUGGUCACAAACUAUUUCCUUUUUUGGAUCUAUCGUCGGUGGAAUUCUAUGCGGAACCUUGGCUGAUAAAUAUGGACGACUACCUGUGCUUAUGUGGAAUACAUCGAUUGCCUUGUACUUUGGAGGGGGGUGCCUAUUACUGCCUUGGAUUUCGUUAUGGAUAUCUAAUUGGAAGUUCCUAUCGUUGGCAAUGGCUUUACCAGCGCUGUUAGUGUUGGCAACACCAUUUAUAGUGCCUGAAAGUGCUAGGUGGUUGAUAAGCAAAGGAAAAACAGAUGAAGCAGUAAAGGUUUUAAAGAAAUUUGAAAGAAUUAACCAAUCGAAGAUACCGGAUGAUGUGCUGGAGAAUUUUAUAGCGGUAGCGAACAAAAGCAAAGAAAAGGAAGAGAGUGUUUUUAUGAUAUUCAAAACGCCAUCACUACGAGUGAUGGUGACAUUUUUGAUCAUCUCGUUUAUGGGCGUGGCGUUGAUGUUCGAUAGCGUCAUUAGGUUAUCAGAGAACCUUGGCCUGGACUUCUUCCUAACGUUCACAGUGACAUCGCUUACGGAGAUACCGUCCAUCAUAAUUCUAGUGCUGUUACUGGACAGAAUUGGCCGCCGAUGGUUUGUCACGGCUCCAAUGAUGAUAGCUGGAGUGUUAUGCUUGAUAGCCGCUUUCGUUCCUCGAGGCAUGGCAUCAGUAGCGUUGGCAGUGACUGCACGUCUCUUCAACAACAUGUCGUACGGGACUGUGAUUCAGUGGACACCAGAGCUAUUGCCGACGUCGGUGCGCGCGUCGGGCGCGUCCUUUGUGCACAUCAGCGCUUUCGCCGCUGUCAUGCUUUCUCCAUUCAUCAUUUACUCUGAUCGCGUAUGGGAGGGUCUAUCGCUUAUCAUAGUAGGAGUGAUAGGUAUAAUAGCGUCGUGCGUGGCGCUGUUGCUGCCCGAGACGAAGGGCCGUCGAAUGCCGCAGACCAUAGACAACUGGGAAACUCUCGCCGCUACCACGUGCUUCGCUAAGAAACAGGAUGCAGUCAACAAAACACGCUGUAGAUGAUAUUGGG